AUGUCGAUCGUCGAACAGUUUUCAAAAAAUAAGUCAUGCAAGGAAGUCGCCGAAUCGUUUGUGGAACAAAUUAACCAGCUGUCGAAACAAGCUGAUAGUCUGGUGAACUGCAGUCCAGACUCCACCGAGGCGUCGCUGCUGGAAACCAGGAUCACUUCGCUUCAGGAAUUAUUGAGCGAGUUGAAAGAAACGAUUUUAUCGAAGGAAAAGCUACUUCAAAGCGCCGAUGAUAAACUGAAGACCUACACAGACACAUCUAACGAGCUGCGCGCCUGGUUAGAAGAUACUGAAGAGCUGAUGGCUAACCAGAAGUCACCAUCAAGUGACCACAGGGUACUCAAGGCACAACUGGAAGAACAAAAGUUGGUAGAAAAGCUGAUCGACGACAAGUGCCCCCAGAUUGCAAAGUUCAAAGAUUUGGUCGACGAAGUCUGUCUCAAUUUGAAGGACGAGACCGAAAAGGCGAAGGUGCACGAAGUUCAAGACGAGAUCACUUCUCGGUAAGU